AUGGGCAAUGGUCAUCGUUGCAAGUGUUGUAUUUCCUCCCAAAUUCGACAUAUAUUGAUUUGUGUGGAUUUAGAGGUGGCGGGUACUUCUAGGUCCCAUUUGGAAGUAGGGACAAGUAGUGGUGGGCCGAAUGUGGAGAAUGUCGAUUACAUGGAAGAUGAUGAUGUGGGUGGACCGAAUAUGGAGGAUGGCGACCACAUGAAAGAUAAUCACGCAAAAGAUGAUGAGGACUACACAUUGAUAAGUGAUCAAAGCGAUGAAAACCAAUCAAUAUCCGAAGGAAGUCGGGAGAGUGAUGAAGAGAUCGAAGACAAAUUCGCCACAAAGAAAGAUACAUAUAUCGUUCACAGGGAAGAAUACGUGAAGUCGAGGAAAUGUAUUACGCCGAUCCUAACUGACUUGUGGGAAGACUUCAAGAAAAAAGAAAAGAAAGCCGCGCAACACAAAGUCAACCGUUAUGGUACUAUUAAUGGCAUGUUCAAGGUGAAAAGUAGAGCCCGACUUGGUGGUAAAGGGGACAACACAAACACUAUAAAAUAUGAAGAGAAGAAGUGUUCUUGCAAGAAGUGGCAAAAGUAUAGGUUCCUUUGUACACAUGCACUAGCCGUGUGUCGGAAGAUAAAAGAUCAACCAAUCAAUACGGUGAAUCCAUAUUUCAGGGUUGUUGCUUGGCAAGACCAAUUCAGUGGGCGCGAUGACUUUACCCCGGUCCCUGAUAAGAGAAGAUGGCCUAAGGUUGGAUGGAGACUCGUUCCUAACUACGAGCGAAUUAUUAUGCAUGCUGGUCCCGGUCGUUGGCAAAAAAAGAGAUUUAAAAUAGUGUUUAAUCAACGAGUGAAACUUCCGAUCCCAGAAAAUGCUCCAAGAGAGGCCUAUAUACAGAGGGCCCAUGCCUUACUUUUAGUACUGAUUGGAGGUUUCUUGAUUCCUGACAAUAUUGGAAACAGAAUACCGCUUUUGAUCUUGACAAUACUAGAGGAUUUGGAUGUCUGUGCUACCUACAGUUGGGGGUCAGCUUUGUUGGCGAAGUUGUACUUUGGUUUGUGUCAAGCUUCCGCGCCCGGGAAGAAAGACAUUAUCGGAUGCUAUAUGCUGAUGCAGUUAUGGGUUUGGGAGCGUAUCCCAAGACUUCAACCGAAGGGAAAAGUUAAAGAUCAGAGUUAUUUGAUGCCGGACGCUCCACUAGGCAAUAGGUGGAAAUGCCCAAAAUCCAAAGCGAACAUCGCCGCUCAUUGUGUUGCUGGCAUCAGGGAUCAGUUAUCUAGCCUAAGGGAUGAUGAUUCUUCAAAUCUCAGUGACGUAUAUCAUCUCGCUGAUGCAGCCUUACGAGAAAAUCCUAGCCUCGGUGGUAGUCUAGAGGAUAAACUCUUGCAAAUCUUCGAUAAGAGUUUCAGUGCCCUGACUUUGGGCCCACUUGAUAUGAGCACUCAGAACGAUACUAAGGUUCUUCAGAAAAGACCACCGGAGUCAAGUCAAACUAUUGUGCUCAGGCAGAAAGCAACAUCGAAGCCUACUGGAGGAGGAAGGAGGAAGCGACAGGGAAUUUCAGAUCGAACAAUCAUAGUUCAUCCCAAUCCAACUCCUAUGCAAGAAGAUGAUGAAGGCAAUGAAAGCGAUAAGGAUUACUACAUUGGGGGCGAAGGAGAAGAAGAAGAAGAAGAAGAAGAAGAAGAAGAAGAGUCCCCUCCACCUCGUGUUUCUUCUCAAAAGAAAAAGAAAACGUUCGAGGUUCGCAAGAGUGAUAGGGUUAGUGAACCGACCGAGAAGUAUACUCCCGGUUCCGAGGUUAUAGGGAAGAAAAGGUCGUCCAAAUAA